CAGCUCGAUCCGCUUUCGACGGCCUUUUUUGCAUCCCGCAUGCAACGACAGACGCAAAUCGUGAUUGAGCCAAGGAACGGCAUCUGAGUCGUGACUCCGACCCGGCCCGCCAGAAUCUCUCACGAUGGCGCUUUUCUUUCCCGUUCCCUCUAGCUCCAGCGGAGAUCUGACUCUCACUCUCACUCUCACUCUCUCUAUUUCUCUCCAUUCCAUUCUUCUUCAGGGACAAGGCGCAGUAGACCGCGGCCGUAGUGCCAUCCAGCCUGGAACAAAAGUUGCGACACAUCGUGCAGAAAACCCCAUGCUUGUUGACGGUUCUGCCUCGUGGACGUAGAUCGAGCCAGGACAUGCGGGCAUCGCUUGCAACUAGCAUGUCCUCUUGCAUCGCGGAAUCUGGCUUGAGAGACUGCCUUUUCUGCGGUGCAACGCGCCAUCAUUGUCUGUUCCUACUCGCCUGCCAAAUUGAACUUGGUCUGCCUCCAAAUCAAACUCUCCCGCGUGCCAAAAUCUUUCCUCUGCUAGGCGUGGCCGUUUGCAGUAGUCGACGCACGGCUUUUGCCUUUAAAAAAUCCCUCUGGUCCCGACGGCUCUGCAGCUUGUGGCUCCGAUCACCCACUAGCAGCAGAUAUACUUUUUGUUCCGUUGAGCUAGUUCGAAGCUGCGCGUCACCACUACUAGCCAAUAGUGCGACUCGAUCGGGUUGCCAAAUGAUCAGACUCCCACGGCCUUACUCGCCUUAGGGACUGACCUAUAACAUCUAUUAAAUGGCCGUUUGGGCAGCAGCGAAAGUGCUAAACACCAUGGACUGCAUGUCGCCUCGCCCUUUGUCUAUCUGACUACGAUUUGGCCUAGCGGAAGCCCCACCAUCAGAAGCGUGUGCGCUAUUUCUUCGCUAUGACCGCUCGUCUUCUCAUCAAUCAGAGCAGUGGCACGGUCACCACGAUGGAAUUUAGUAGGCCCUUGGUGCCUCAACACUGAUUGUCGUGCCGAAAUGACAAGGAGUUUGUAUUUAUGCGAGCUGUGCGUGCACAAGACGGGUCCCCCUUGCCAUGAAUAGAAUGAGCUGUUCAGCAUGAAGGGCAUGCAACUCACGGCUAGGAUGAAUGCUUCUUAAUGUGUUUGCUCACGCUCAACCAAAUUGGCUCGAGACAUCGAUUGCAAUUCAUACAAGGGUGCAC